AUGUCAUUAAUUGCUGGCAUUGAUAUUGGGAGCACUAGUGUUAAAAUUAGUUUACUCGAUACGAAUAGCCAGAAAAUAAUAGCCACUCAUAAAAAUAAGUAUAAUUUUCAAAUGAAUGAGAAACUGAAAAACUUUCCAAACUAUUGUCAACAAGAUGUGGGAACAAUUGUGGAAAGUAUCCAAAAGACAUUAUCGCUAUUUGACGCACAAUUGCGAGCAAAUGUCAAACUAAUAUCGAUUUGCGGACAAAUGCAUGGAUGCGUUCUGUGGGACAAUCAGUCAUACUAUGAAUAUUUGCCUAAAACUGAAGAAUUCAAAGUAAACCAAACAUCUGUAAGUGAUUUAUACAACUGGCAGGACAGCCGAUGCACCGAUCAGUUCAUAGCCUCACUGCCCACUCCUCACUCGUACAACACGUGUAUAAGCAGUGGCUUCGGGUGCGCCACUAUAUUCUGGUUACAGAGACAUUCAAACCAAUUGUUGAACCAAUUUAAUAGCAGUGCAACUAUUAUGGACUAUGUUGUGGCCGUUUUAUGUCACCUCAAACGACCCCUAAUGAGCUCUCAAAACGCCAUGAGUUGGGGAUAUUUUGACCCAAUUGGCCACUCAUGGAAUGAAUACAUCCUCAAAAGCCAUGAUUUUCCGAUCCAUUUGCUGCCUAUUGUGAAGAAAUGUGGAUCCAUUGCCGGCGAGACUCAGUUUAAUUGGUUAGGAAUUAAGACGAAGACACCAGUGAUGGUGGCUUUGGGUGAUAUGCAAUGCGCUACUUAUGCUAAUCUCCGGGAUAAUCCACAUACA